AUGAGCAACCACCAGAGCAUAAAGCAGAAUCAGAGCGUACAGCAGAGCACACAGCAGAGCACACAGCAGAGCGUACAGCAUCAUGCGGUUCAAGGCGAUUCUCACGACGGACGCAAUGACGCUCCUCGAGCAACAGCUAGGUAUCUCGGCCUCGAUCGCUUGGGUCACAUGUUCCGCGCUUCUCAUCUCUCUGUUCACCACGAAGAGGGCGAGCUCUUCUCAGAGCAUCUCAUCAGCAGCGCCAGUGCCGACCGCAUCGCCUUCUCUCUUGACCUCUCUCUGCUCGCCCGUGCCCUCCGCUCCUCCCUCACCACCGCUGCCACGCGCCACCACCUCAAGCUCGUCAAGAAGAGCACCAACCCCUCUGCUCCUGCACUACCUUUCCUGUCUCUCGAGGCCAAGGGCGAGCGCUCAAGCAUAGUGCAGGACAUGCCCAUCUCGGCGCCGCUGCCUCGCUCGCAGCUGAACGAGCUGCAGGCUGGCAUCGACCUGGUGCACUCGCUGCCUCAGACCCUGGUGCAGCUGCCGGACCUGCCCUCGCUGCGUCACCUGGUGGAGCGACUGCAGAGUGUGGGCGACGUGGCUGACGUGGCAACCAUGAGCAGCGGUGCGCUCGCCAUGCGCACGCACACGCCCUCCAUCACCGUCGCCACGCAGUUCAAGAACCUGAGAGUCUUCGGGGCUAAUUCAGAGAGCCAGCAGAGUGGAGCGGGGUUGGGGGAGGGCAGCAGGCAAGGUGGCUCAGACGACGAUGCAGACAUAUCUGGGCUGUCCACCAGGCUCAGGCAGAUGCAAGCUACAGGCGAUGCUACAGUUGUGUCAGUGAGGCACCUUGCCCGCAGUCUGCAGUGCUACCUCACCCGCCCUGACGCCUCCUACUGCGAAGUUUCAAAGAAUUCCAGGCCUCAACCUGCCUUGCUGGUCAGCCUGCAAUACCGCCUUCCCCUCCUUGACCCAGGUUAG